UAGGGGUGUGCUCGGCACUCUGUUUUCUGUAGUCCAUGAUCAACUCCUUAGUCUUUGCUGACGUUGAGGGAGAGGUUGUUGUCCUGGCACCAAACUGCCAGGUCUGACCUCCCUGAAGGCUGUGCAGGGCAUGUGAUUUCAUCACUGAUCACGCUGGGUAUGUUCGCCCUGAUCCAGUCCCUCGUAGUCUCAACAGUGAUACAUCAUAUUUUGGUGUAGGAGGGAAACAAGCAGUGUUCUACAUUGGACAGUCAACCCGGAUGGGUGACUCGUCCCAUGUGCAAGAUGACAAGGAGUGCUUUCUCCACGGGCUGAUUGCCGAGGAGGUGGGAAAGGAGAGCUUCACAGCCGUGGUGGUGACAGGGGUCCAGCCUGAACACAUCACCUUCCUCAGGCAGGGCUUCCACCUGUGGACCAGAGAAUUGGCGUGAGUCAGCUCAGAGUAGGGUGAAGUUGUCUUUAGCCGCUGAUCUUGGCUCAAUUUAGCAUUUUCCCCCAAUGGUUAAGGUUAGUAUUAUGAUAGGCGGGUCUGAUUCUAGAUCUGUACCUAGGAUGAGAACCCCGUAAUGAUUAACCACCCUACACUGCCUGAUCCCAUAUACCCUUACCCUCCAAUCUGAUUGAAUUGUUGUCCUCUUUAAUUCUUUUUAAUUUCCACAUCUUCAUUGGUUUCAGUCUGCUUUGUUUCAGCCACUUGUAUUACUAUUACAUUCACAGCCUAAAUGGGAACGACAUGAAAGCCUCCUACCGUAACUCUGAUUGUGUCUCCAACAUUGACAUUCAGGUGAGACGAUCAGUUGCACAAAAGUGACCAUUUUGAUCAAGUAGCCAUGUAAUCAGUGCAGUGCCUAAAAUGAACACCUGCCAAAUGCGGGUAGAUUUUGGCAUUGGUGGGUAAGUUGUCUAUUUGCCCAGUCACGUUGGUGAGUGGGGCUUCAGAGUGUGAGAAGUUUCACUUGUAUUUGUGAAUAAAAUAUAGUCAAGCAUGAUCCCAUUUGUAGCAAAGCUAUGCUUCUUUUCAAUAAUUGAGUUUCAACUGUCAGGGAAGAGAAGACAACGUGGCUACUUGUCAAGCCUCGUUCACAUUACCCAUAACCACUCUGUUACGGUGCGCCGGAUGUCAUGUAUUUCAACAGAGACAUCCACAACGAAGUGAAAACGUAACACCCGGUUGCGGUUGAAGGUUCCGUGGGAAGCCUUCAGUCCGGAGUCCGUCAAAGAACAGGAAGUUAUCAAAACAAAGAAGAAGAAAAUGUGGUUUUCGGUGAUGGCUUUAUGGCAUAGCUAGAAACUUGGAAAUGAUUACCCAUUCCUAUAAUUGAGUACUAUUUUAAUACUAAUGUUAAAUAAUACACAUUGGGUGUUAAGCCAAUUAUAUUUAGACCUACCAACCAGCUUUUUAUAUUAUAUGAACAAAAAAUAUUAAAUUUGAUUUGGAAUGGCUAGUCAGACAAAAUUAAAACGGCCUAUUUAAAUAACAUUUUUAUUUUAUUUACCUGUCACACUGCCUGGUGGACCAAAAAGUACAUUUUAGGCCCUGCAUGUAAUUAUGUGUUAAUUUAUUUUAUGGUACUCCAGACAAGUGCUACAGACAAUAGUCAUCCAAGAGCAUCUAUGCAGUCUUUGAAGAUGCCUAUUUUCUAAAUAUAUUCUUUUGUGAUAUUAUUGAUCCUCAUCUCUUUAUCUGUCAUUUUAGAUCUCUACUGGAGAAUUUCCCCCAGAUCCCUUGCAUGGUGAACCUCCGAGAGAUCGACAACGACAUGCAGACGCUCUACAUCAACGCAUCAGCUGACGCAUUUGAGUUCAAAGUCCACGCAGACGCUGAUGGAACAGUGGAGGGGGCCCUGAGGUACCACCCCUCCCUCUGUGACAGAGAAACCUACCCUGAAGACCCCAAUGCCAUACCAGGGCCUCUCCAUGUGGAAAUUCUCAACAAGAAAGGAGAGCCGGCAUGUAGGAUACCAUCAGCCACUCAAAACGCAGCAUGGAAAGCACUUUCAAUCUCGCUAAAAGUUGUUUGGCAUUCACCUAAUGGUGAUGUGGAGAUCAACUUUCACAUUGCAGCACAUUCAGCCGAGUGGGCAUUCUGGUUCAGAACCAUGGGGAACCUAAACAGGUUGGGGAAGUAUACCCUGCAACUGAACACAGUACUCAACGAGAGCAAUGCUGCUGUCUGGGCUGGGAAACAGCUGCCCAACCACACACCAUAGUGCCCUCCAAGCUCGUCAUCAAGCUCGAGACCCUGGGUCUCGACCCCGCCCUGUGCAACUGGGUACUGGACUUCCUGACGGGCCGCCCCCAGGUGGUGAGGGUAGGCAACAACAUUUCCACCCCGCUGAUCCUCAACACUGGGGCCCCACAAGGGUGCGUUCUGAGCCCUCUCCUGUACUCCUUGUUCACCCACGACUGCGUGGCCACGCACGCCUCCAACUCAAUCAUCAAGUUUGCGGACGACACAACAGUGGUAGGCUUGAUUACCAACAACGACGAGACGGCCUACAGGGAGGAGGUGAGGGCCCUCGGAGUGUGGUGUCAGGAAAAUAACCUCACACUCAACGUCAACAAAACUAAGGAGAUGAUUGUGGACUUCAGGAAACAGCAGAGGGAACACCCCCUUAUCCACAUUGAUGGAACAGUAGUGGAGAGGGUAGUAAGUUUUAAGUUCCUCGGCGUACACAUCACAGACAAACUGAAUUGGUCCACCCACACAGACAGCAUCGUGAAGCUUCUAUCUCAAGGCCAUCAGACUGUUAAACAGCCACCACUAACAUUGAGUGGCUGCUGCCAACACACUGACUCAACUCCAGCCACUUUAAUAAUGGGAAUUGAUGGGAAAUGAUGUAAAAUAUAUCACUAGCCACUUUAAACAAUGCUACGUAAUAUAAUGUUUACAUACCCUACAUUACUUUAAACAAUGCUACGUAAUAUAAUGUUUACAUACCCUACAUUAUUCAUCUCAUAUGUAUAUACUGUACUCUAUAUCAUCUACUGCAACUUUAUGUAAUACAUGUAUCACUAGCCACUUUAACUAUGCCACUUUGUUUACAUACUCAUCUCAUAUGUAUAUACUGCACUCAAUACCAUCUACUGUAUCUUGCCUAUGCUGCUCUGUACCAUCACUCAGUCAUAUAUCUUUAUGUACAUAUUCUUAUCCCCUUACACUUGUGUCUAUAAGGUAGUAGUUUUGGAAUUGUUAGCUAGAUUACUUGUUGGUUAUUAAUGCAUUGUCGGAACUAGAAGCACAAGCAUUUCGCUACACUCGCAUUAACAUCUGCUAACCAUGUGUAUGUGACAAAUACAAUUUGAUUUG